AUGGCGGCAUCCAUUCACCACCUUCAGUCGUCAUCACGCACUAUCUCGUCCAAGACUUUUUCAAGUUCGUAUCAGCAUGAAUCAACUUCACAAGACACUUCCAGUCAAGAUACCAAUGCUCCACAUCACGGUGGUACGACUCGAGAAGGUCGUACGGUUGAUUCACAAUCCGAAAAACACGCCACAAAGAUGGAAGCAAAUGCCAUGAUCACGACUCGAAAUUCUGUUGAAUUAAUGCGUAAACCACAUAAACCCAAGCGAAGAUAUAAGAAACGAAAAGCGACAUGUACUGUCCGUAAAGAGGAGAUGGAAAUAUUAGCGUUGGAAUGCACAAAAUUACAACAAGAGGUGGAAAACCUGAAAUUUCAGACUUUUGUGGAGAAAAGUGACGAAAACCACUCGGAUCGAAAGGUACGAGGUAGGAAUGAUUUAUUACGACAAGCCGUACAAGACCGACAUUUGAUACUAGCAAGAGCACAAGCGAUGUUUGUGGAAUAUGCUCAACAAAGUCGAUAUCGACUUUAUCCAACGGAAAUGAACAUUCGACUUGGAAUGGAUCGAAAGGAUCGAAGAAGAAUUUUGAGUGCAUUGAGAAGACCAAAAUUGGAUGAAGCACGGAGGUAUUUAAUGGAACGAUUACGUGGAUUAGAUCCAAUCGCACCUUAUUUUCACGAAGAACGAUAUAAUACCAUGGAAGGUGAUUCUUGUAUUGCAAGAUUUGAUGUGACUCCAUUUCGAGGCGCAAAAGGUGUGCAGCAAGUAUUCUCGGCUUUGCAGCAAGCUAUUUUUAAUGCUGAAAUCAUUAUUUCCGAGUCAUCGGGAAAUAUUACGAUUCGUGAGGACGAUGAAUUGGGAGAUGAUGACUUAUCACACAUGCGCUUCUUGUCACAGACACCGCUGGGUGUACAGGUAGAGACGAAUUUGGUACUAUUCUCAGAUCGUGCUCAUUGCCAAACGAAGGAUGUGAGCUUAGCAGAGAAUGGUCAUUAUGCGAUCAUAGCGUCUGAUUAUGUUGACGAAGAUAUAAAGUACCCGUACAAGCCGAAUGAGCGCAUAAGACGUGAUUCCACGACUGCAACCAUGGUAACGUCGUAUCAAGAUUAUACUACCGGUAAUAAAGAUGAGGGUGAGGUUGUGGUGGUAGUCACGCGAUGGGCACUCAACAUCAUACGACGUCCUGUUAUUUCUGUCUCAAGUGAAGUGUGGGAUGAAUUGCGCAAUUCUCAUCUUCAGUGGGCAGACAUGAUGCUUAAUUGUGUACGCCAAGCUCUUUGCUGCCGGUAA